UGAGGCAAAAGGAAUACCAAAUUUAAGUAUGCCGACCAAAUAAGGACCCUAAUUUCCUAGAGCAAGCACCCUAAUCGGAUCCCCUACUGCUGAAGUGUUUUUUUAAUCUUCGCUCUUACACACAGGGAUCAGAACGACAGCUGACAGUAUCCAAGGAAACGGGAAAAUGGCGCAAAUUCCAAAUCUUGACAAUGCUCCCAUUAAUCUCACUUCCAUAAGAGAUCAAUCGCAGAAGGAGCUCAUAACGAUUUUGAAGAACAUUCGAGGGCAGAAGUGUUUAGUUAUUGAUCCGAAGCUCAGUGGUUCACUCUCACUUAUUGUGCAGAGCUCGAUACUGAAGGAACUGGGAGCUGAAUUGCGCCAUCUUACAAGUGAACCAGUCCAGACAGAUUGUACUAAAGUUGUUUAUCUCAUUCGAGCUCAGCUUGACUUAAUGAAGAACAUUUGCUCUCACAUUCAUAAUGAUAUUUCUAAGGGCAUUCAAAGAGAGUAUUUUUUGUAUUUUGUUCCUCGCCGUGCAGUUGUAUGUGAGAAGGUGCUUGAGGAAGAGAAAGUACAUCACUUGUUAACCAUAGGCGAGUAUCCCUUGUAUCUACUCCCACUGGAUGAUGAUGUUUUGUCUUUUGAGCUCGAUACAGCGUACAGAGAAUUCGCAGUUGAUGGAGACACUACCUCUCUUUGGCAUAUAGCAAAAGCCAUUCACAAGCUUGAGUGUUCCUUCGGUGUGAUACCAAAUGUCAGGGCAAAAGGGAAAGCAUCUGUUCGUGUUGCUGACAUUUUAAAUAGGAUGCAAGAUGAAGAACCAGUGAAUAUAACUGAUGCUGUUGCGCCAGAUAUCAACACUCUCAUCCUUAUUGAUAGAGAGGUGGACAUGGUUACUCCUAUGUGCUCCCAGCUAACAUAUGAAGGGCUAAUGGAUGAGUUUCUUGGUAUCAAUAAUGGUGCCGUGGAGGUAGAUUCUUCUAUAAUGGGUGUUCAGCAGGAAGGAAAGAAAGUAAAGGUUCCUUUAAAUUCUAGUGACAAGCUAUUCAAAGAGAUACGUGAUCAGAACUUUGAAGUUGUCGUCCAGGUUUUACGUCAAAGAGCAACAUCAAUGAAACAAGAUUACAAUGAGAUGCAGACAACUAAUCAAACUGUUUCAGAAUUGAAAGAUUUUGUUAAAAAACUCAACUCAUUGCCUGAAAUGACAAGGCAUAUACAUCUUGCUCAGCAUUUGAAUAAAUUUACAUCUAAACCUGCAUUUCUUGGGCGGCUAGAUAUGGAACAUACUAUUGUGGAGUCUGAAAGUUAUGAUAUAUGCUUUGAGUACAUUGAAGAGAUGAUCCAUAAACAAGAACCUCUAUUGAAUGUUCUACGCCUUCUCAUAUUAUUUUCAAUAACAAAUUCUGGAUUGCCAAAGAAGAGUUAUGACUACUUAAGGCGUGAGCUUCUUCACAGCUAUGGUUUUGAGCAUAUUGCUACCUUGAACAAUUUAGAAAAAGCGGGACUUUUCAGGAAGCAGGAGUCAAAAAGCAACUGGAUUACUAUUAAACGUGCUCUCCAGCUAGUUGUUGAAGAUACUGAUACUGCCAACCCCAGAGAUAUUUCUUAUGUCUUUUCUGGAUACGCACCUCUCAGCAUUCGCCUGGUUCAGCAUGCAAUCCGAUCUGGAUGGCGUCCCAUUGAAGAGAUAUUAAGACUGCUGCCAGGGCCACAUUCCGACAGCAAGAGGAGUGGGUUUGCAAGCAGUCCAUCCUUCGACAGUCUGCCAGGGUCCUUACAUAACUCCGACAAAGUUGUCAAUGGAAGGCGCUCAUUAGUGCUCGUUGUUUUUAUUGGUGGGGUGACCUUUGCCGAGAUUAAUGCUCUUCGAUUUCUGAGUUCGCAGGAGGGGAUGUCAUAUGAUUUGAUUGUGUUGACUACAAAAAUUAUCAAUGGGCACACACUGACAGAAACGUUCGUGGAGAAAUUAGGUUGACUUCUAAAGAUCUUGAUCCAGAAAACAAUAUAAGAAGAGGCUGCAAAGCAAGGCUUUUUCUCUCUUUUUUCUUGUAUUUAUAUAUUUAUUUUAUUUGCUUUUUGGUGGGAUUGUUUUCUGUUUUCUUGAAAUCAUGAUUGUCUUUCGUGUGGGUUUGGUUGGCUAAAGUAAAGGUGAUAAAAUGGACGGUUUUUUCCCCUUAGGGUUCUCACUUGAAAUAAGAUUUGCUGUUCCUACAACCUAUUUGGCAAAAAACUGCUUUAUACGAUAGUAAAUGCCAACAGACACUACUGAUAAAUUGAACACUAAGG